AUGCGUUCUGCGAGCGUAGCGGCCUUCUUCACAUCUGUUUCUGGUCACGUGACGCCCCUUCCCUCGACUUUUCCUAACUCCCAGCACCUGCUCUUCGAGAGCGUGAAGGAGGAUGUGGAGGGUGUAGAGAUGCAGGUCACAUCAGGUGCUUUUCCCGACUGGCUGCAGGGAACCAAGUACAAUAAUGGCUUUGGUUUGUUCGAAACCUGUCCCGCCGACGAGGACUGCUUCUCCAUUAAUCACCUUGCUGAUGUCAUGUCCUACUAUUCGAAGAUGGAAAUCAACAACGGCACCGUGCGCCUGUGGAGCAAGAUUCAAAAGACAAAGUACUGGCAAGAUGCCCAGAGGUCGAAGCCAACUUAUCGUACGUUCAAUGGCACUGAGCCUCCUUUCACGGCAGCAGAGACCAUCGACACCCUGACUCACCCGUUCAAGACCAACGACAACCUGAACGUUGCGAUUCUGCAGCUCACCACAUCAGGUCGCAUGUUUGGGGUCUCUGACAUGAAGGGCUUUAACGAGGCGUACGAGAAUCUGGAUUAUGUCAGUGGCCUGAAGCUCACAGAGAAGAACAAGCCAGCAAUCUCCAAGCUGCCCCUCCUGGGUAUAGACGUCGUGACCUGCGCCCACAUAGGCAACACGCUCGGCGACAAGUACGUCUACGGCUACAACUACCUGCUCAUUGACGGUCCUGAGAACGACCUGGCAGUUUGGCGUGUGGACAUGACGCAGCCUGAUGGGGGGGCUGGUAGCAGCUUGGUGCGCGAGUGGAUGGGCACUGUGAAGGUUCCAGGGGCUACCCACAUCAGCUACAUGCACACCUUCGCGAACACGAAGAACUACUUGGUGUUUGUUGGCUCCGCGUUUCAAUACAACAUCGAGGGGAUCCUCCGAUACACCAACAUCAUGAAGGCAAUGGAGUGGCACCCUGAGAAGAAAAACAUGUUAUGGGUGUACGAGAAAGCUUCCGGAAAGUUCAUCAAGACUUUCACGUCGGAUGCAUUCUGGUUCUACCACCUGGUGAACUGCUACGAGGACGGCAGCAAGGUGGUCUUGGAUAUCAACACCGUCGACUACCGGCACAUUGAAACAGCCUUCGCCAACGAGAAGCUGCGCUAUGACUACCCAUGGGAGUUCGAGGAGAAGCCAACCAUCCGAAUUGUGGUGGACACCGCAGCAGAGGCAGGUACGCACUUCCCUUAUGAGAUCCUAGGACCCAGCAUGGAUCUCACUACAAUCCAUCCCUACCUCCAUGGCCAAGACUAUCAGUACACCUGGGGUCUUAGCUGGAGUGGGAAGCACUUGUGGUGGGACAACAUCGUGAAGUUCGAUGUGCAGUCCAAGCAAAUAGUGGCAACAUGGCACAUGGAGGAUCACUACCCUGGGGAGCUCAUCGCUGUGCCAAGGCCAGGUGCCGAGUACGAAGACGACGUCGUGAUCCUGGUUACCAUGCUCGGAGGAGAUUCCGGCACCUCUUACCUGAUGGCCAUGGACGGUCGAGAUCUCUCCCCUUUGGCGGAGGCGCGGUCGCCGUUCCCAUUGCCUUUCGGCUCCCACGGAUGCUGGCAGGGAGCUGACAAGAGCCGUGGCUGCGUUGGUGAGACCACCGCGGACCCCUUUGGAAAGCCAGUGCAAUUCAAGAAGCGAGCCGUUCAAGAGGGCUUCACGGUGAACGGCUUCAACAUCGGCGCGGCCGUCGCCGCCGUCCUGGCAGGUCACCACCUGGUGGACAAGCACGGCCGGCGGCCGGCAUUGUUCAUCGGCUCCUUGCUGUUUGCCGUAGGUGGAGGCGUGCAGACAGCAGCGCAGAACACGAUCAUGCUCAUCAUCGGCAGGGUCAUUGCUGGAGUCGGCGUGGGCAUAACGUCCUCGGCCGGGCCAGCCUUCAUCUCCGAAGUCGCGCCGGAGAAGAUCCGUGGCAUGCUCGUAGGCAUCUACCAGAACAACGUGUGCCUGGCCAUCGUGGCUGCUGCAGUGCUGAACUAUGCGGUGCAUGAUGCCACGUGGGGCUGGCGCUUGUCACUUGGUCUUCAAGUAGCGAUGGGCUUGCUGGUGGUCCUCGGCUUGUACUUUGUUUGUGAGACCCCGCGGUUCUUGGAGAGCGCCGGGCGCUCGGACGCAGCCCUGCGGGUGCUGACGCGGCUCCGUGCGGGUGACAAGGAUGCAGCCGCUCACGAGUUGAAGGAGGUGCGGGCAGAGAUCGACACCGAGAAAGCUGCUGGGGACGCCACGUGGAGCGAGGUCUUCACCGUUCCCUUCUUCCGGAAUGUGGUGAUCAUUGGCUGCGCCGUCCAGUUCUUCCAGAUCAUGACUGGGAUCAACGCGAUUGUGAGCUUCAGCGGCACGCUCUUCCAGGCCCUGGGCCUUCACGGCAUCACCUUCUCUAUCAUCCCCUUUGUGGCCUUCACCAUCGGAAACGCUGUAGGGAGCUGUCUCUUGGUGGACCGCGUGGGCCGGCGGCCACUCCUGCUCUAUGGCAUGGUGGCCAUGUGCGUGACGAUGCUCGUGGGGGGUGGAGUGGCAGUGCUUGCGCAGGAUCCAGAUGGGCAGAUCGGCACAGCUGCAGGCUACACGAUCGUGUCCAUGAUCGUGGCGUACAUGUUCUCCUUCGGAAUCUCCUGGGGCUUCGGGGCCUGGCUGUACAUCUCCGAGAUCAUGCCGCUGCGGGUGCGCGGAAAGGCCGUGGGACUCUGCACGGCCAUGAACUGGGGUCCUGCCAACCAGGUAGUUGCAGGAUUGCUGUCAUCCGAGCUCCAGUUCUCGGGCAUGGCAGAGCCGGUUGCGAUUCGGGGCGUGACGUCGGCAGUCGAGGCACAGGCUGCCCUUUCAGAGAAGCCUGUGCCGAAGGCCGAUGGCUGGAAGAACGCCUAUGCCGCUCUGAUAUGUGCCUUCGUGGCGUCCACGGGCUUCUUCCACGGCUACGACAACGGGGUGGUGAACGACGUCUUCACCAUGCCCAGCUUUCGCGGCAUGAUGGGCUGGCCAGAGGAGGACAACCCCACGGUGGCCUUCUGGGAGGGCUUCACGGUGAACGGCUUCAACAUCGGCGCGGCCAUCGCCGCCGUCCUUGCAGGGCACCUUCUGGUGGACAAGCAUGGCCGGCGGCCGGCAUUGUUCAUCGGCUCCUUGCUGUUUGCGGUAGGUGGAGGCGUGCAGACAUCAGCGCAGAACACGAUCAUGCUCAUCAUCGGCAGGGUCGUUGCUGGAGUCGGUGUGGGCAUAACGUCCUCGGCCGGGCCAGCCUUCAUCUCCGAAGUCGCGCCGGAGAAGAUCCGUGGCAUGCUCGUAGGCAUCUACCAGAACAACGUGUGCCUGGCCAUCGUGGCUGCUGCAGUGCUGAACUAUGCGGUGCAUGAUGCCACGUGGGGCUGGCGGUUGUCGCUUGGUCUUCAAGUAGCUAUGGGCUUGCUGGUGGUCUUCGGCUUGUACUUUGUUUGUGAGACCCCGCGGUUCUUGGAGAGCGCCGGGCGCUCGGACGCAGCUCUGCGGGUGCUGACGCGGCUCCGUGCGGGUGACCAGGAUGCAGCCGCUCACGAGUUGAAGGAGGUGCGGGCAGAGAUUGACACCGAGAGAGCUGCUGGAGAGGCCACGUGGAGCGAGGUCUUCACCGUUCCCUUCUUCCGGAAUGUGGUGAUCAUUGGCUGCGCCGUCCAGUUCUUCCAGAUCAUGACUGGGAUCAACGCAAUUGUGAGCUUCAGCGGCACGCUCUUCCAGGCCCUGGGCCUUCACGGCAUCACCUUCUCUAUCAUCCCCUUUGUGGCCUUCACCAUCGGAAAUGCUGUAGGGAGCUGUCUCUUGGUGGACCGCGUGGGCCGGCGGCCACUCCUGCUCUAUGGCAUGGUGGCCAUGUGCGUGACGAUGCUCGUGGGGGGUGGAGUGGCAGUGCUUGCACAGGAUCCAGAUGGGCAGAUCGGCACAGCUGCAGGCUACACGAUCGUGUCCAUGAUCGUGGCGUACAUGUUCUCCUUCGGAAUCUCCUGGGGCUUCGGGGCCUGGCUGUACAUCUCUGAGAUCAUGCCGCUGCGGGUGCGCGGAAAGGCCGUGGGACUCUGCACGGCCAUGAACUGGGGUCCUGCCAACGUCAUGAGUGCCUUCCUGACGCCGCAGAUGAUCGCGUCGCCGCUUGGCCCGGGCGGAACGCUGAUCUUCUUCGGGUGCGUGUGCCUCGCCGUGAUCCCCUUCGUGCUCACCUGCGUGCCCGAGACCAAGGGCAAGACCCUGGAGGAGAUCGUGCCGCUUUUCCGCUUCUCCGGCUGGAAGGGCUUCAAAUCCUUCGCCCAGGCACGAAUUUAA